UUGGCGCCGACCCAGAGCACCGUUGUAGGAAGAAAAACAAACAGGAAAAAAGAAAACAAACGAGCGACAAGGACCUAAAAAAAGCCUGCGUCACAAUCGCACAGUCACUCACCACUCACAGUCCCGUGUCUAUUUGCCGUCGUCGGCGGAAGGAAGGGGAUUCGUGUCGCUCUCCGUAAAACUUUGGGAGGCCACGACAUGGAGAAGGAGGCAAUCACAUCUUUUAAUGACGAGCCAAGAGCGCCAAGGAAUAGUGGCGGAGGCCUGUGUACCUUUGUGCUCACGGGCAUUUCCAUUAUCUUCAUUAUCCUCACAUUCCCACUCUCUCUCCUGAUGUGCAUUAAGAUUGUACAGGAAUACGAGAGAGCUGUCAUAUUUCGACUAGGACGCCUGGUUAAAGGGGGUGCUCGUGGGCCAGGCCUGUUCUUCAUCAUUCCGUGCAUUGACAACUACACAAAGGUUGACCUCCGGACAGUGUCAUUUGAUGUUCCACCACAAGAGAUCUUAACGAAGGAUUCCGUGACGGUAGCAGUGGAUGCUGUCGUGUACUACCGCAUCCAGAAUGCAACGAUUGCAGUGACAAACGUGGAGGAUUAUGGCCGGUCCACUCGUCUCCUGGCUGCCACCAACCUGAGGAAUGUUCUUGGCACCAGAAACUUGUCCGAGAUACUGUCGGAGCGAGAGUCCAUCAGUCACACUAUGCAAACCAACUUGGAUGAUGCCACAGAUGCCUGGGGGGUGAAAGUGGAGAGGGUUGAAAUAAAGGAUGUGAGGCUCCCGGUGCAGAUGCAGAGAGCUAUGGCAGCAGAGGCAGAAGCUUCCAGAGAAGCAAGAGCAAAGGUGAUUGCAGCUGAGGGAGAACAGCGUGCAGCUCGUUCGCUCAAAGAAGCUGCUGAUGUCAUAUCCAUGUCUGGUCCAGCGUUACAGCUUCGCUACCUCCAGACACUGACGUCAAUCGCGGCAGAGAAGAACUCGACCAUUGUGUUCCCUCUGCCCAUGGAGUUGAUCAGGGGCUUUAGUCUUGGGGCCGAUCAAAGCAAGACAUCAUUGCCAACUGAAGAUGCAUAAUCACAGUACAUGAAGAUUACAGAGAGUGGUACCUACAGCAAGUUUGCUGGAGUAAUCAAGAAACUGAGUACUCUUCACUUGGAUUGGAGACAUACCAUGACAUCAGUGCCUUUCACAUAGUGCCAUGCCCAGCUCAGUACCAGUGACAGGAUUUUGGUAGAAAAAGCAUACUACGGAAAUACUAUAUGCAAUCAAUGACAUUUAUCUAUAAGGAACUUUUGCCAUGUACUACUACAAAUGCCAUGUUUAGCAGAAGCAUGGAAAAGGAAUCAGAAGGGGCAAGUCUGUAUCCUCCUUACUUUCCAUAUAUCGCUUCUUGAGGGAAGAGUGAGGGCACCUGGCACAUCCUGAAACUACGAUUUUUGCAACUUUUUUUCGGCGGCUCUUUUUUUUCACGCAGGAUUUUUCUCGAUAGUUCCCCCCGAACAAGUUUUCAAGAAUUCGGGUAAAACCCGAUAUCUACCGGAAAUCCUUGCGGUUCAACUUGUCGUUCUAGGUAAACCGACGGAAAAGCGAAUACAGUCGCCGUCCGAUUUUUCGGACUCGGCGGGGAUCGCGCAAAAGUCCGAAUAAUCGAGCAGUCCGAAAAAACGAAUUUCGCUUCAAAAUAAACUUUACUAAGCCCUAGUAGGCUGGAAGAAAUUUGUCGAUGCUUUCCUAAUGCGCUUCCAGCUCUGCCUGAUAACAUCAGCUUCUAUUUCCCGAAGCGACAUUUCGUCAAUGUACACUAUCAGAGGCACCGUCGUCAUCAAGUCUGCAAGUCGGCUUCACCUAACGCAUGCGUGCUUUAGGUGAAGCUCGCUUUACAGCGCUGUCGCGCGACUCACGGGCAGACUGCACGUGCUGGGCCGUUGGCCAAAUACGAAGACGCGAAGGCGCUACGACAGACCUCUUCUACUCAGAGGAAUGGAAAGUCAGCAAUCAUCACUAACAAUUUUUUUGCUUCAUUAUUUUAGUUGGUUGAUUUCUUUUGAUACGAAUUUCAGAUGAUACAAAUAUUUUCCGCCACCCCAAGAGAGAAAUUCGCGGGUUGGGCAAACAGAGUCCGAAAUAUCGAGCGACGGAGCUGCACGGCGUCCGAAAUUUUGGACGUUCUUAUACAUCACCUCUAUGGGACCCGCGGCCGUUCCGCGAACGAGUCCGAAUAAUCGAGCAUGUCCGAAAAAUCGGGGUCCGAAAAAUUGGUCGGCGACUGUAAUAAUAUCAGCAAAGAGAGCUAUUUGUGACAACCUCUUUGUCCUCCUUUUAUGAUCCCCUCCUACAGGAGUCAAAGACGAGCCUCUUUGCGGAGCUCUGGCAAGUGUUUGCAUACGCGGUUCUUCACUGCCUCGGUUCUGAGUGGAAAUAUAAAGAUUCUUGUUUCUCGUCCCAGAGUCACGGCAGUGGCUUCUUUCGUGUGCCUUUUGUUUCACGCGAUAAUUCCUCGGUGACCUAACAACAGAGAUCUCGGCGUCCGAUUUCUCCCAGAAUCCUCGCGCGUAAAUAGCACCCGAUUCCUCCCUCCCAAAAUUUGAAAAAUCGUAAGACCCAAAAACGAAGGACCCUAAGUAUGCCCGGUAAUGUGGCUCCUGCUGUUUCUGGGAAAUAAAACAAGUUAGGUUGGCAUGGGAAAACUGAGAGUUAAUUUAAGAAAAUUAAUAAAUUCAUUUGAAUUAAAAUUCUGUAACAUUGCUCAAAAACGUACAUAGCAAAACUUCCCAACAAAUGCUGAUUGCAUAUUUUUACUUCGCAUUAUUUUUCUUUUAUAUUUUUUUUUUACGUGGUUCCCGCAACACCCUGACACUAUGUCAUUGAGGGAACUUCCCUCCAUUGCAAUGGUCUCAUGUAGAAAGGGACUGGAAAGUAUUCUCCAACUUCAUGUUUUGUAUUAAUUGUCUAUCACCUGAGGAUCAUCAAGGGUGACAAUUUGCAAUGACAGAUAUAGUGCAUAAUGAUUUUUUUAAAUAUCAAUCCUGCCAUCCUACCAACCUAGCUAAGCUAGCGUCCCACAGCAUAACUUGUGAGCACUCUGACCAGAUAGGAUGUACAACGUGUGUGCAUGGGGUAGAAGGCAUGGGUGCUCUGAACUUCAUCUAGCAUUUGAGCCUCGUGCACAUUGCACAUUGUAGCAUUGUCAGGUUUGAGAAUUACUACGCAGUGCCUUGCUUAAGGCCCUUCUUUUUCUGCUGCGGCAAAUCCUGAAUUCCGCAGCAGGGAACUAUGAGUUCUGCAUUUUUCCGCGGUAGAAGGCAAAUUGCCCUAGUUCAGACAGAAAAUACUCUCUGUUAGCACUUAGUGUGGAGGAACAUGGUUACAACUCCAAAAACUGUUGUGACUUAGCAUAACAAGAUACAUUGUGCUUUCUUCUGAGAGGGAGUGAUGUUUGUCACUGACUAUCAAAUUGUACUUGCUAAGUGGCCUCUCUGCAUGUACAGAGUUUACUGUCGCACAGAGGUACUUGACAGCUAUGGACACCAAAGCAGGGGUCAGUGUUUGCAUUCCACUCCAGAAUCCCAGAGAGUUGAGGGUUAGAGAGAGAAGUUAGAGGGUUUUUCCAGCACACAGAUGGGGCCAUAUCACGGCCUGGUGGCCUUAUCCGGUUGGCACAUCUACACUGCAAUGCGAGCCGACCCGGUGCGAGCAAAGUCCGUUCAUCUCGCGCAUAAACUGAGUUAAGCACGCGGUUUCUGUAAAAUUCUGCGCAAAACCUCAUAUUCCGCGGCAGACCUACAAUUCUGCAAAUUUUUGCAGAAUCGCGGAAUCGCAGAAAAAGAAGGGCCUUAGCCUUGCUCUACUUGAAUGUAGGAAGUGCCUUCAUUAGUCUACUUAUGGCUAUGGUAGCACACUGUUACCUGCCAUAAGGUUCCCAUGUGCCGAAUUUCUUUGUUGAUACUGUUGAACCUCGUUUAUAUAUUACCAUGUACGACAGUUCCCACAGAUUUUGGUCAGAAAGCAGCUUGUCAUAUUAAAGUGGGACUCCGCAACAAAAUCAGCACGAAGGUUGCAGGAUGUCGGGAACAUGUGUACGAAAGAUCUCGUUUCAAAUCUACACCGAUUUUAUUCAAACAAAUGUAUUACGAACGUUACGAAGCGAGCGCUUCGCCUUUGUGAAUCGAGAGGGCACUGAAAGCAACACCCUGCUGACAUCAUCCAGCAUCCGGCAAGGAAGAAUGCAGGUUUCAAAGCAGACGACAAUGCUGGGUGACGGUGUCCUCGUCCGUACUAACUGCAGCAGUAUGGAGCUCUUUUUUCUGCUCUUCAUAUUUUGGUAUUGGUUUGCUAUUGUCAUAAUUUAGGAAUUAGUCACUCGUGCAAAAUAAAUGUGAAUGUUGUAUUCGGUA